AUGUAUAAAAUUCUCUUUGUGCUCGCCGCCCUCGUCGCUGCUGAGGUCUAUGCAGCUCCCGGUGUAGUCGCCGUUGCACCAGUGGUGCACACUCCAGUGGUGCAUCCGGUGGUUCACACACCAAUCAUCCACCACGGCGCACAUUCAGUGCACUCGCAUGUGGUGCAUCAUCCGGCCCCGGUGGUACAUAAGGUCGUAACACCCAUUGUAGCCAAGCCCGUGGUGGCUGUGCAUGCCGUGAAACCGGUGGUGCCAUUGGUGUCUGUGCACCACGCCGCACCUGCAGUGGUUGUGCAUCAUUAA